UUCCGGGGGGGCGGGGCCGCGGGAAACCGGCGUGACCGUGACAGACAUCGCGAUCGGGACCGUGCCCCUCCCCGUGGAGGCGGAGCUGCCAUUCCCGCCUGCCGCCGCGAUGUCCCGCCGCCGGCAGGAGCCCGACAGUGGAGCUGAGUCCCUCUCUUCAGAUGAAAAAGAGGUGGCGGCUGGUGGUGCAGAGGGACAGGGCUCGGCCGAGGAGCACCCAGCGGGAGAGGAUGGUUUCGAAAACAGCUCCAGCAGUAGCUCGGAGGAGGAGUCAGAUGCGGAGGAGUCGGAUGGAAGAAGGUCGGAUGAGGAACAGGAGGAGAAGGAAUUGCUACCGCACUGCGAUGAAUCAGGAGUGAACUGUCCGCCCCCCUGUGAGCACUGCAGAAAUCAAAAUGACCAGAAGGAGCAAGUGACCCCUAGGAGACUUUCUGGAGGUCAAUAUAUGGUACGGCUGGAUGCGGAGGGGACUUACCAGUGCAGUCUCACGGGCUUGAUUUUUGAGGUAACGGGGGCCGUCAAAAUCACAUACUCCCUCUUAUCCUGGAGCAAAUACGCCAACCUCGUGGAAAAGCCAUGGAUCGUGGGCGGCCCCCUCUUCGACGUGCACUGCGACUCAGCCCCCGCUCUCACCUCCAUCCAGUUUCCCCACUCCCUCUGCCUGAGCGAUCACGGCGCUGGCAUGGCCUUCAGGGUUUUGCACGUCAAAGGCGAGGGCGCAGCCAUCGAGCCCUCUGCCGACUACUCGGCCUCGCACGUGAAGUGGCUGGUGAGCUCGCUCUCGCCGGUGGGACCGCUCAUCCAGAGCCAGGAGCCGGUGCAGUACCACGGCGCCGUCAUCCUCUACAAAGUCAUCGACGAGCAUCCCUCCUUAUCCUUUCGGGUCUACGUGGCUACAAACAACGACUCCUUUAUAAAGGAUAUCUCAAGAGCCGUAAAACAUUCAAAUAAGAAAUUCGUUAAAAUUGACAAGCCCCCUGUAUGCCAAAAAUUACUUCAGAAAGGAAAGAGGUAUAGAUUAGUGUGUGAGCCAGAAGCUGAAAUAACUCCAGAGGAAAUUGAAUUUGUUGAUGGAUCUCUCUUGAAACUAAAAAGCUACAUUGAAGUCUAUUUGGAGAAACCCGACGACUUCACCUUGUCUUUGGUUGAGCUCGAGUCUGAUGCGACCGUAUGGAAAGCAAAACUAAGGGAGAGUGACUGGAUACAUUACGAUCAGAACAAAAACGAGCAGAAGAGAAGUGCAGUCAGUGUCAAAAAACGGAAACCAGCCCUCAGCAUUUUGGAAGAGGAAGAGCUGUGUAGCAAAAAGCAAAAGACUGGCAAUACCACAGAUGGAAUUGAAACAAAAAUCUUAACUGACCAACAGCUGAUGGUGAUCGCAAAGUUGUUUGGCAGGCAGUGGAGAGAAAUUGCCAUUGAGUGUCUUCAGAUGGAAAUGAAAGACAUUGAGCAGAUUCAGGCAACGGAGGAAGAAGUUAAUAUGCAAAAAUUUCUGGUGUUAAGCAAGUGGAGAGACAGAGAGCAAAGCAAUGGAACCGCAGAAGCUUUGUACAGGUGUCUGCAAGAAAAAGCAUCCUAUGAGAUACUGCAAGCCCUGGAAGGUUUCUUGGCUCGGUGCUGAGCUGGUGAAGCCGCAGCUAGAAGGAGCGUGGUGGGAGCUUCCCCCAGCCAGCCGUUCCGCUUCUCCGGCCGCUUCCUCGGGAUCUCGCUGAGAUUCGGGAAGGAAGAUCACUCAGCGGAAAGUUUAGGCAGCAUCUUUGCAAGAAAUGUGAAUGAAAUUUUGCGUGGAUAUAAGCGCACGUCAGACUUUCAGGAGCAAUUACUCGUGUGGUGGAUCCCGGCAGCGCGGUAUGGGGAAACCCAGCGCUUCCACCCAGCUUUGUCUCAUUUGAGCCAGUCCUAAAAGGCAGGAACACUGGGCGAAACCAGUUUGCCUUGUUCAGGUAUAUGAUCCUUAUCUGGAAACGUUUUUAUUUACAUCAGGGAAAUAGAGGGAGAAAAGUUAUUCAGUAACUUUCUUUCCUAUUAAAAAAAAAAAAAAAUUGAACUGCCAAAAUCAUGAGGUACAUUGUAUUUCUCACAGAUGCCCAAGAUCAGGGAAGAAUAAUCCUAAACUUGCAGAUAAAUUCCUUUGCAUAAUCACUGUAUAUAUACAUAAUUACUGUAUAUGCUCAUGUACAUUCAGUCCUUGUUAAGCUGUGGUUCUGUUUUCUAAAAACCCAAAGACUGGUUUCAUGGGAGCACCACUAUUAACUCCAGGCAGCUUUGAAUUUUCCCUGGGAAUUUCUUCUUCACUCUUUUCUGUCUCAGUUUUUAUGAGAUAAUUUUUUAUGUUGUAUAUUUUUUUUUGUAUUAUAAACUUUUUACACUUUUUUUUUUACUUGAUUAAUUUUAACUUGAAUAGAAUUAGGUGCUUAAAUGAAAAUGGGAGAAGCCAAAAUCUCUGCGAAGGCUGUUACUCUGGCGGUAAUGCACGUACUGCAGAAUUGUGAAAGGUAUGGAAAUAAUGUUAUUUGCAGAAGAGAGCAGUGACCUGAUGCGGGAGAUUGUCUUGUUUUUAAAGACACGGGAUUCAUUUGAGCAUCUUCCUCUGUGUAUGUUUAUGAAAGAAAAAGCAUACUUUUAAAAAAAUAAGGAUUAAAAAGGAAACAUUUGAAGUA